GGGGAUUUGGGUGGGUACUUCUGAUGAGUCCCAAACCAGGGUGGAGCAGAUAUGUCCAGUAUACUCUCAGUUGGUUUUCAAUGGUUCGAUAACUGAUAUCAAUCCAUAAUCAAACUUGAAAAGGGCUACAUAUUGGAAACAAAUUCAGAUAAAUAACAUCUAUCAGUCUGAAAUUCACUGCACUUCGGUAGCGUAAAUGUGAGUGAGGCACUUUGCAAACACACUUAAAACACAAACUUGAUAUAUUAUGGACUUCACCCUAACUCACUUCAGAGACUCAGGGAUUGACUUGCUACCAGGGAAUAAUCUCACCGACUUAGAAUAUGCAGACGAUAUAGUCCUUCUAAGCGGGGACGCUGACGAAAUGCAGAGUCUUCUGAGCACCUUCAGCUGCAAUAUACGAAUGUUCGGCAUGCGAUUCGCUCCCGCCAAAUGUAAGAUGAUGUGGCUACAGGACUGGACUACACUGACUCCUAGUUUAGAAAUAGGGAGUGAAGUGGUAGAGUACGUUGACCGAAUCACUUAUUUGGGAAGUACCAUCAACCAACGCCAACGGGUUGAUCUCUGACGAAAUCUCAGCUGAGUACGGAUACAGAGGGUUAGUUUCGCAUAUGCCAGUUCACGCCGUCUGUGGCGUA